CCGAGGACCCGCCUCUCUGCCCGGCGCAUCCGCUUCCGUAAUGAAAUCAUCUGAAAUUUCCCGCCACCCGGGAGAAGCGGCUCUCAGUGUUGGUGUUUUUUCACGUUUGCGGUGUUGUAGGUAACGAUGCAGUUUUCUGGUGGAAAGCGGAGGAGACUGAAGUUGGCAGGUGACCAAAGGAUUGCUUGCUACCCUCACAGCCUUCAGUUUUACUUGCAGCCGCCUUCUGAAAACGUAUCUUUGAUAGAAUUUGAAACCUUGGCCGUCGAUAGACUUAAAUUGCUGAAAGCAGUUGAAAAUCUUGGUGUGAGCUAUGUGAAAACAACUGACCAAUACCGGACUAAGUUGGAGUCUGAGAUCCGAAAGCUCAAGUUUUCCUUCAGAGAAAACCUAGAAGAUGAAUAUGAACCAAGAAGAAGAGAUCAUAUUUCUCACUUUAUUUUGCGCCUUGCUUAUUGCCAGUCUGAAGAACUUAGACGCUGGUUCAUUCAACAAGAAAUGGAUCUCCUUCGAUUCAGAUUCAGUAUUUUACCCAAGGACAAAAUUCAAAGUUUCUUGAAGGAUAGCCAUUUGCAAUUUGAGGCUAUAAGCAAUGAAGAGAAGGCUCUCCGAACACAGGAUAUUUUAAAUUCAUCACCCAGUCUACCUGGGGCAAAGUUGGAGUCAGUUUAUAAGAUCCCAUUUGCUGAUGCUUUGGAGUUAUACCGAGGAAGGAAAGUCUACCUGGAAGAUGGCUUUGCCUAUGUACCCCUUAAUGACAUUGUGGCAAUUGUCCUGAAUGAAUUUAGAGCCAAACUCUCCAAGGCUUUAGCAUUAACAGCCCGGUCCUUGCCUGCUGUGCAGUCUGAUGAGAGACUUCAGCCUCUGCUUAACCACCUCAGUCAUUCCUACACUGGUCAAGAUUACAGUACACAGGGAAAUGUUGGGAAGAUUUCUUUAGAUCAAAUUGAUUCGCUCUCUACCAAAUCCUUUCCACCUUGCAUGCGUCAGUUACAUAAAGCCUUGAGGGAAAAUCAUCAUCUUCGUCAUGGAGGCCGCAUGCAGUAUGGCCUCUUCCUGAAGGGCAUUGGUUUAACGCUGGAACAGGCAUUGCAGUUCUGGAAGCAAGAAUUUAUCCGAGGAAACAUGGAUGCAGACAAGUUUGACAAAGGCUAUGCUUAUAAUAUCCGGCACAGCUUUGGAAAGGAAGGCAAGAGAACAGACUAUACACCUUUCAGUUGCUUGAAGAUUAUUCUAACCAAUCCACCAAGCCAAGGGGAUUAUCAUGGGUGCCCAUUCCGUCACAGUGAUCCAGAGCUGCUGAAGCAGAAGUUGCAGUCAUACAAGAUCUCUCCCGGAGGGAUAAACCAGAUUUUGGAUUUAGUAAAAGGGACACAUUACCAGGUAGCAUGUCAGAAGUACUUCGAGAUGAUACAUAAUGUUGAUGAUUGUGGCUUUUCUCUGAAUCAUCCUAAUCAAUUCUUUUUUGAGAGCCAACGGAUUCUAAAUGGUGGUAAAGACAUCAAGAAGGAAUCCAUCCAACCAGAAACUCCUCAGCCCAAAACAAAUGUCCAGAAAACCAAAGAUGAAUCAUCUGCUCUUGCCUCUUUAAAUUCCUCUCUGGAGAUGGAUAUGGAGGGACUAGAGAGUUACUUUAAUGAAUGAUUCUUGGGUCGUUAGUAACUUUCUAUGUGCAGUAAUUUUCAUUUCCUGCUUUUAAGACUUGACCUUUUUAUCUAACUGUGUCUGCACCCUAUUCCAGCCUCAUGUACACACACCUCUUAGGAAAGCUGACUUGCCCGUAAAAACAGACUUCUACUAUAUUUUGCUUUGACAAAGAGAAGAGGAUGAGUUUCUCCUAAAAUCUAACAUUUGAAUUGUGUUAUUUAAUCCCUGUUUUAGGAGAUAAAACAGCUUCCUAAACUGGUUAUACAGUCUCAGAAAUGAUACAAUUGAAAACAACUUUUAACCCUUAUUAUAAUUUUGACCCAGUCCAUUUCUGAAAUAUUUUUGUUAAUAAAUGCCAAUGUUUUAAAUGUUAUAUGACUCUGUGUAU